UAUAUUUCAGUAUCAGCAUUAGACACCUACAGUUUGAAUUGAUUGAAAAUUUCUCUCUUCCAAUGUCGGUUGGUAUACAAAACAGGGCUUAUUUAGAACAAAAUAUGAAUUUCGUUGAUCCUUUAGUAUCGGUUGAGUUCGAGGUUUUUGGAAAAGUACAAGGUGUAUCUUUACCGAAAUAUUGCAAAGAUAUGUGUGAACAAUUAGGGGUCAGUGGUUGGGUGAAAAAUACUAAAAAAGGAACAGUUCAAGGAAAGCUUCAAGGAGUUAAAUCGAGCAUUGAUCAAAUGAUACACUGGUUAACAAAUGCAGGUUCGCCUGGUAGUCAAAUAGAAAGGUGUGAACUUAGCAAUUGGCAAAAUCUUGCAAGACCAGACUACAAAGGAUUUCAAAUUAGGUUUUAAGAUUUUUUUUAUAGAAAAGGUUAAUUACUUGAUGAGCUUCUAUAUUUCACCUAUGAGCUAGAUAGUAGAGCUUGAAAAAAAAAUAGUAGAUCUAAACUAUUUUCUAAGUAGGUUCAUUCUGGAAGUUCAUUUUAAUUAUUUUUUAUAUAAGUUUCAUAAGAAUCUACUCUAAGCUAUACUAAAAAGUUUGUUAUGUAUGUGCUAGAUUUUUAUCAAUAAAUAAUUUUUUGUUGCAA